AUGUACGUACACCCCUCUGCCCUAGAAGCCCUAUGGGGUGGAUUCGGCUUCCCAUACUUGGUUGGGUAUCAGAUUGGCCAAGAGCACGGGGUGGUGCCUGAGAAGCUGUUUCUCACCAGCUCCUCCAAUGAUUCUGACGCGGCCGGCUGGCAGAUUACUCAGAGCAGCCUGCGUGGUUCAAAUGGCAUCUUGUCAGUCAAACAAUCCCAUUCCAUCCUUCUCAGCAUGCGUUCUCCCUCUUCCUCCCCGCCUCUCUCUCUUCCUCCCCCCCUUCCUCUCUCUCUCUCUCUCUCUCUCUCUCUCUCUCUCUCUCUCUCUCUGUGUCAGACGCAAGAUGAGGAACCACAGGACAAGACACAGCAGCCUGUCAGCAAAGUAAUUGAGCGGAACCGACUGAAAAUGGUGUUAAAAAACCUGUCGCUCUUGAAGCUGUUCAAGAGCUCAAACCCUCGGAUUCAAGAACUGCAUAACCUGGCCAAAAGGUAUUGGGAUUCACUGCUCAGAGUUCCGAGGAUCCUCGGGAUCUCCUCCGGUGGGCACCCAACCAGAGCCACGACAGGAACUCUUCACAAUGCUUCUGCCAAUACCUGUCACCCUGUCCCCUGCCCCAGGCACAAGUGGGAGAGGAGUUUCUUUUCAGGCUCUCUCCAGCUUUCCCGACAGGCUCCCCUGAGCUGGCUGCAGAGCAACCGUCUCGGGCUGGCUGGAGGACCAGGGCCUCGGCCUGCUCUGCUGACUGCUGUUCCUCUCCCUGCCAGGAAUGAUGACGUCCAGGAGAAAGGGGAACAAAAGAACAAAGAGCUCCAGGAGGCUGGGGGCCCCAGCCAGAAACUAGACUCCAAGAACUUAGGGCCCAUAGCGGAGUCUAAGUUGUGGAAGCCCAAGGUGGCAUCGGGGAAGAGGCACAUGGCACAGGAAGCAGUGCCACAGAAAGAGCAGCGGAUGGAGCCUGAGGUCCCGAUGACAUUGAAGGGUCAUGGCCUGACCACCGGCCCUGGAGCCUGGGGGAGGCAACCGCCCACUGGGGACCCCGGAGUUGUCCUCCUGAAAACCCAGCAGAAGAGAGCUCCUGCAGAGGACAUGGAGCAGCUAGAAGCAGCUCACCAGCGGAGAUGGUUUGAGGGGCUGCCCACCCGAGUCCACCUCCCAGGGCCCCGGGUGAUGUGCAGGUCAUCCGCCCUGCGCUGGGUCAAGCGCUGCUGCACCCGCUUCUGCUCAGCAUCACUUGAGUUGCCUAUGGUCCAUCCAUACAAGGUGUGACAAUGGUGAGACGUAGGCCCCGGGCCCAGCCCUGAGCUGGGCCCCGGAGUUAAAAGGCUCAGGAUCAAGAGUCUUGGGGCUGUGGCUGGCGGCGCUGGGAGGCUUUACCUCCGUGCCAGAGAGGGAA